AUGGCGCCUCCUCCUGACCUUCCCAAGAAACUCGUCACCAUCACUCCUCCUUGGUGUGAGGGUGCUGCAGCGGCCAAUGACCUUGGUCCAGCCCCUAUCCCCUUCCCUCUCACCGUCCCUCACUCCACUCGUCGUCACACUCGUCUCUAUGAUGAGCUUCGCGACAUUGAUGAGCUCGACAACCGUGGUCUGAAGAUCCGUGUCGAUGCUCUCUGCGCCGAGAUCCUCCACUGGCAGGAGAACGACACCGCGACUCUCCACGGUCUUUCCAAGAUCAUCGUCAUCAAGUACGGCGAGACUGCUCUCCGCGUUCUCCACCGCAUCUGGGACCUUCACCUGGUCUACAACCAUACUCCUAAGAUCCCUGGUGAUGACCCCGGUCCUUUCGAUCAGACCACCUGGCUCACCACCAUCCGCGACACUGUGCUUUACCGCAUGCACGUCAAGUACGCCGAGGACUACAAGGUUGCCAACCACGAUCAGGUCAAUAAGGGGAUCUACGUCACCGACGUUCUAGUGCAGGAUCACCGCGACCGCGUUGAGCGCGCUGCCAAGGAGAAGGAAGUCUUCACUGCCAUGUUCGAUGAGCUCACCCAGGAGAAUCUCAUCGAGCUGCCCGAAUUCAAGGCCACUGCUCUCGGAGUCGCACCCCUUUUGGCCCUGCGCCAGUGUGGCGAAACCGUCGAGGAGUUCUACAAGACCUCUGACGAAAAGGAAAACAUCCUUGAGAACAAUGACGAGAGCGAAAUGCAGUACUACCAGGCCUUUCAACUUUGGCACAUCGCCGCUCGUGCCGCCAUGUGUUGGGAGCCCCGCCGUAUCGGAACUGUCCAGAAUGUUUUGAACAUGUACUGCCACGACAUUCUCCGCCGUCGUCGACUUGAGAAGCGCAAGCGCAACUCUGAGCUGCGACACCAGCUCGAGUCCAUUCUCGGCGAUACUCGUGGCAAUCAGGUCGGAUUCGGCAGCGAGGUUGGUACCCAGGAAGAGGACUCCGGCCCUGAAGAGGACACUGAGUCUUCCUCUUCCGACGAGGAUGAAGAGGACAGCUUUGAUGAUGACCGUCCCAUCUUCGGUCACUAUGUCGACUAA